AUGCCGGCCCCAAAGUUGGAAGAAGCGGUCCGACCGCGCCGUCCGCAGUCUAUCGCGAGCCUGAUUGAAAGAGUGUGCCAGCUCAUCCUCGUCUACGUUAUCGCCUUCGCUGCCAUGUUCUUGCUGGUUACCAAGAUUUCGCCCGGCAAGUGGCCUCUGCGAGAGCCAUCGAUGAGCAAGCCGGCGCUUCAAAUAUCGUACAAAAGGGAGUUUACCAUUGGCAUAUUUUCCGAUUUGCAUUUCGGAGAGCAGGAGUUCGGCUGGGGCAUCGAUCAGGACAUCAACUCUACCCGCGUAAUGCGAAAUGUCAUGAAAAGUGAACAUCCGGAUCUCGUCGUGCUUAACGGAGACCUUAUCACUGGAGAGGACACUCACAAGGAGAAUUCGACGGCGUACAUCGAUCAGAUUGUGAGGCCCAUGAUCGAGGCCGGUCAAAAAUGGGCGUCAGUUUACGGAAACCACGACUCCAAGCACACCUUGGACCGCGAGCAGCUCUUCCGCGCCGAGAAGGGCUACGAUCUCUGCUACACUACGUCAAUGGGCGAGAAGCUUCCCGGUAUCACUAAUUACUAUGUGCCCAUCUUCAAGGACGACGACCACUCGGACCUCGUUGCUCUUUUGUGGUUCUUUGACAGCCGAGGCGGUACCAGCUACCAGACGGACUCCGACAACAUGGACGAUAUUCCCAAUUGGGUUGCACCUGAGACCGCUGAGUGGUUCACAAAGACGUACGAGGAGCUGAAGGAGGAACACGGUCGCGUCAUCCCGAGCGUCGCUUUCGUGCAUAUCCCUCCUCAUGUCUUCCUAGAAGCCCAGCAAUCCAAUCUGGACCCCACAAAGUUUCCGGGACUAAAUGCCGAUGCUCCGUUGGCCAUCCAGGGCCAGGGCGAAGAAGACUCGCCGUUUAUCGAAGCGUUGCUGGAGGCCGAGGGACUCCACAGCGUUUACGUCGGCCAUGACCACGGCGACUCGUGGUGUUCCACUUGGCCCGGCCACGAUGCCGGACUUGGCGCCGAAGCCCCAUUCCUCUGCUUCGCGAAGCAUACGGGCUACGGCGGCUACGGCAUAUGGAAUCGUGGUGCUCGCAUGCUGAAGCUGUCCUUUUCCGAGGGCGAUGACCCUAAAAUGUCAGUUGACACUUGGGUACGCAUGGAGAACGACGACAUCAUCACCCGCGUAUCCCUUAAUGAAACAUAUGGCUUGGAUUCGUAUCCCUCCAACAACGGGGAAUGA